AUGGACAUCCACCGGUGUCGUUUCGUGCCGUACGAGGCGUCAGCCAUCAAUGCAGUGGCGGUCUCGCACCCACACCUCCCGACGAGCAACAAGCACAGCAGGACGACGCCGGCACGGCUGGCAAUCGGACGAGCCAAUGGCGACAUUGAGAUCUGGAACCCGAUGCAGGGCAGCUGGCUGCAGGAGAUGACCAUCCGGGGUGGCGAGGACCGCAGCGUGGAGGGUCUGGCCUGGGUGGUGGAGGACGACGAAGAGCUAGACGGCGGACGGGCCAUCAGCCACGGUCGCAUGCGCCUCUUCAGCAUCGGCUAUACCAACACGAUCACCGAAUGGGACUUGGAGCAAGGCUGUGCGCGGCGACACGCGAGCGGCCAGCACGGCGACAUCUGGUGUCUGGCCGUGCAGCCGCGGCUGCAGCAGGCGGGAGCCGACAAGGCAGCCCGCCACCAGCGUCUUGUGGGCGGAACCAUGGACGGCUGUCUGGUGCUGUACGCGACCGAGGACGACGAGCUGCGCUUUCAGCGGCUCUGCCGCACGCACAAGAAAAACGUCAAGAUGACCAGCAUUGCGUUCCAGUCGCGCCAGAUUGCCGUUGUCGGCUGCUCCGACAGCACCGUGCGCGUCUUUGACGUGCGCAACGGCGCCGUCCUGCAUGCCAUGACGCUCGGCCGCGAUCUCGUGGGGGGGGCUCGCGAUGUCAUCGUCUGGAGCGUCCGCUGUCUGCCCAAUGGCGACAUCGUCUCGGGCGACUCGACCGGCCAGAUUUGCAUCUGGGACGGCCGGACCUACAGCCAGGCUCAGCGCAUUCAGGCUCACACCCAGGACGUGCUCAGCCUCGCCACCAGUGCCGACGGCUCGGCCAUCAUCAGCGGCGGUAUGGACCGUCGUGUUGUGCUCUACCGCGAGAUGGCCGGCAGCCAGACCGGCCAGAAUGGUCAGAAUGGCCCGGCUGACCAUACCGCCCAGCGCUGGGCCAAGGUCUGGCAUCGUCGCUACCACCACCACGAUGUCAAGGCCAUGGCUUCAUUUGAGGCUCGCGGCAUCAGUGUCGUCGUGGCUGGCGGUCCCGAUGCUGCUCCGGUCGUCUUGCCGCUGCAAAAGUCCGGCUCCGAGCACCACCGGACUCUGUCCCAUCUGCCCCAAACAGUUCCCAUGGCCAGCGCUCCGGCCGCCCGUCUCGUCGUCUGCUGGUGGCAGAAACAGGCCCAUAUCUGGUCCUUUGCCGCGCCGCUCGGUCAGCUGCUCGACCAGACCGCUUCCGCACCGGCAGACGCUGCUGAGGACGUCGACAUUGAGCGCAACCGUCGUCUCGUCGGCCGCAUCCUCGUCAGCGGCGACGCCAACAUCGCCGGUGCCGCCAUCAGCCCUGACGGCUCUUUUGUCGUCGUCAUCACCAGCACCGAGGUCAAGGCUUUUCAGCUACGCAGGACCACCGCCAGCACGACCGGCCGUGACGCUCUCGCCAUCUCCAAGAUCCCCGUCCCUGCCUCUGUCGCUGCCAAGGGCGCUUCCAGCGUCGCCAUCUCUCCCGACGGCCGCUGGGUCUGCCUCUCGCGCGGUGUCGAUUCUCACGUGACUCUACUUCAGGCUACCAACCCCGACGACAGUCUCUCGCUCAGCCCCAAGCCCGUCCGUCUGGCCCGGCUGAAGCGCGCCAUCCCGAGACACGAGCUCUUCAGUGGCCUCGGCCGCUACGACAGGCACAUCACGCAGAUCGCCUUCUCGCCCGACAGCAAUAUGCUGGCUACGGCCGACCUCGCCGGCUACGUCGACACCUGGGUCCUGCGCGACCCCAGCGCUGCGGCAGAGGGCGUCCUGGACGACGAUGAAGAGGAGGCCGAGGCCGAAAACGCGGAUGUGGAUGCGGAUGAGCUGUCAUCGGAGGAGGACAGCGAAGACGAGGACGAGGACAAGGUUGAAGAUGAGGCCAGCAACGACCACCACGAUGCCCGCAGAUGGAUCCGGGCCCCGCGAGCACGGCAGUUUCCCAAACUGUCGUCGUCGCCCGUCGUCCUCUCGUUUGCCCCAGACGUUCCAGGCAGUGCUCCCGUGGCCGGCUGUAAUGCUGCUACUUCCUCCUCCUCCACCGCCUCUACCGCCAUCGACACGACUACGACUGCUUCUACGGAGGCACCGGCACCGGCACGCGAUUAUGUGCUGCUUGCCAUCACGGCCGCGUCCCGCUUCUUCGUCUUCAACCCCCUGCGGGCGCGCCUGGCGCCCUGGUUUCGCCGUCUGCACGCCGGCAGCCUGCCGGUCGAGUAUCGCAACAUCCGCGACCUGGCCAAGGGCGUCAUGUGGCAGGGCCCGCGGGUCUGGAUUUACGGGACCUCGUUUGUCUUUAUGAUCGACACGUCCGUGGACCCGGCAGCGGCGACGCCGUCGGUCAGCACGACCAACUUGUCCCCGUCCGAGGCGCAGCAGCAUCUGGUGAAGAAGAAGCGCAAGCGUGGCGAGGACACGGGCGCGGGCAACAAGAUGAGCCUAGGCAGCCUAGAGCCCAAGCGGGUGCAGAUGACGGUGUCGGGCGAAGGCGCCAGUUGGGUAGACGUGGAUAUGGAAGAUGUCGGGCCCAAGGGCGAUGACGACGACGAUGAGGACAGCUCGGAGGAGGAGGAGACAACACGUGACCAGCAGCAGACGUACCGGCCCAUCCUCGGCGUGGUGCCGCUGGCCGCGCACGACACGACGGUCACGGCAGGAGCCUAUCCGCCACUCGAGGUGGCCCUCGUGGAGCGGCCAGGCUGGGAUAUCGAGCUGCCCGAACGCUACGGCUCGGAGCGCUAG